CAAUUUUCGCACGCUUCCUCACCGAGUUGGGCCUGCAAAGCGAAUUGACGAUUCGACUUGACUUGACUUUCUACCAACACCGACCGACCUCACCUUCGACAACCGACCACAACACCACCCUCGCACCCGCAGUCAAGAUGUCGAGUCGUCCUACCGUCGGCAUCCUGGGCGCAGAUGGCUCCAGCAGCGGCGAGACGCACCCUCUGCCCGCUGUCUUCAGCGCCCCGAUCCGGCCUGAUAUCGUCCAGUCUGUCCACACCGGCAUCGCCAAGAACAAGAGACAGCCAUAUGCAGUGAGCGAGAAGGCGGGCGAGCAGACUUCAGCCGAAUCAUGGGGAACAGGUCGCGCUGUCGCACGUAUCCCUCGUGUCUCUGGUGGUGGUACACACAGAGCCGGUCAAGCAGCGUUCGGUAACCAGUGCCGAUCCGGUCGUAUGUUCGCACCAACCAAGGUUUGGCGCAAGUGGCAUCAGAAGAUCAACCUGGGACAGAAGCGAUUCGCUACCGUCUCCGCCGUGGCAGCCAGCUCCGUCCCAGCGCUCCUCCUGGCCCGCGGUCACCGCAUCGAGACUGCUCCCGAAGUCCCUCUGGUCGUGUCGAGCAAAGCCUUCGAAGGAUCCUCGGUGGUUAAGACCUCUGCGGCCGUUUCGCUGCUCAAGGCCGUCGGCGCCGGCCCAGAUGUGGUCAAGGUUCAAAAGUCCCGCAAACUGCGCGCAGGCAAGGGUAAGAUGCGAAACCGCCGAUACCGACAACGCCGCGGCCCAUUGGUUGUGUACAACCCGGAGACUGAUGGCAAGGACCUUGUGCGCGCGUUCCGCAACAUCCCCGGUGUCGAGACCUCGUCCGUCUUCGCCCUGAACCUCCUCCAGCUCGCUCCCGGCGGUCACCUGGGUCGAUUCAUUAUCUGGACCUCGUCGGCUUUUGCUGCUCUCGACACUAUCUACGGCUCGACCACCGAGGCUUCGGGCUUGAAGAAGGACUUUUUGCUGCCGUCCAACCUCGUCAGCAACGCCGACAUCACCCGUCUGAUCAACAGCUCCGAGGUCCAGUCCGUCCUCAAGGAGCCCAAGGGCUACGCCACCACCAAGCGCUCCGCUGUCCAGAAGAAGAACCCGCUCCGCAACAGACAGGUUCUGCUCCGCCUCAACCCGUAUGCCGCUGCUUACUCCAAGGAGAAGCUCGGCCAGAAGGGUGUCGAGGAGAACAAGAAGCCCGAACGUGUUAGUGACAAGUUCUUGGAGGUCGUGCAUGAAAACUAGAUUGCUCGGUCGUCGGUUCUUGUUAUGCAGUCUAUUUGAUGGCGUGUGCUGUGCCCCGGUGAUAUGGGGUUUGGGAAAACAAAUAUUCAGUUUAUGUGGUGUGUAGGCCGGUUGGUAGAAAAUCAAUCAAUCGACUUAGCCCCUCUUCAGAGCCACUUUUUUCAGGAAAAGGAUGGCGCGCAAAAUCGUCCCCUCCCGGCUCCUGGCCCAUUCAAUGCACGCGCUCUCGAUGUCUUAGGCCGUUGUUUUGUCGCUUUUAUGGCAGCCUUACUUAUGGACAGAAAAAAAUCAGAAUUUGAAGAGAUAUGGUUCAUCUCAUGGUGUUCGAUCCAUUUGCAAUUUCUAAACACUGUAGCAAGUAAAAGUGAAAAGGUAGGUGUACUCGUCUGGAAAUCGAC